UGCUGAGAAAGGGAAUGGCUUUUUAAUACCCUGUCCUCCUUUAUAACCCUGAAGUAACAGAAGUUGGAAGAGCUAGCCUAGUCCUAGUACUGCUUCAGAAAGUAUGCAGCACACACCAUGAGUAGUCAACAAGAUUCGAAAGGAGUUGUUUUGACCGGGUUUUAUCAGAACAACGACGCUUUGCCUGUAUUGAUAGAUUGUAAGGAUGAAGCUGAACACACCUCGUUAUCAAGCCGGAGAACUGGCCAAUACAACAUUCACAGUCAUGCUAGAAAUGCUGUGGGGAAGCCACCUAACAGCUCGAGCUCCCAGGAUUCCCCUGAUGAGCUGUCAAUGGAUGAUUACUGGACUGAGCUACAGCACAUCCAGAUGAGCAGAGGCAGUGACCAGGAACUGCCUGAAGAAGUGCUCAUGAAAGUGCCUGAUGAAGGGGAGUUGGAAGAGGAGUGGUUGAAGGAAGCAGGUCUAUCGGACCUCAUUGGUGAUCAAGCAGGAGAUCUUCAGGAAAGUAUUGUCUUGCUGUCCACACUAACCCGCACACAAGCGGCAGCUGUGCAAAAGAGGGUUGAGACAGUUACUCAGACUCUGAGGAAAAAGAACAAGCAGCACCAAAUACCAGACGUCAGGGACAUCUUUGGUUUGCCAAGUGCACAAAGUGGAAAGAUCGCUAGUGCUAACAGAACACAGCCUGCUGGGACAAGUGAGAAUGGAAAACAAGAUGCUCAAUCCGAUGGACAAGCAAUAAGCACGUGUGGGAAUGACAAAAGCAGCUUGGAUAUGGCAUUAUCAGAAACUGAUAUCAAUUUAGAUAUUUCUUUCUCGGAGCAGGCAGCCAGCCUCAAAGAGCAGUCAAAGAGCAACGAGCCUCAAGGUGACGAGGAUGAUUCACUGUUAACUAAUUUCAAAAUACCACAAGACAAGACUGGUACAACAAAGAUUGGAGACCUGGCCUCACAGGACAUGAAGAAGGUCCGCUCUCUAGCACUGAUUGAAUUGACUGCACUCUAUGACAUGUUUGGAAUUGACUUCAAAUCUCACAAAGCUGUGAAAAUUAAAAUCAAAGAAUCUGGCCUGUUCGGUGUUCCACUUACAGUUUUACUUGAGCAGGAUCAGAAGAAAGUGCCAGGUACCAGGGUGCCACUUAUAUUGCAAAAACUGAUUUCUCAUAUAGAAGAGGAGGGGCUGGAUACAGAAGGCCUUCUGCGAAUACCAGGAUCUGCAACAAGAGUCAAGAGUCUUUGCCAAGAAUUGGAAGCUAAUUUCUACGAGAGGACGUUUGCCUGGGACAGUGUAAAGCAGCACGAUGCUGCAAGUUUAUUGAAAUUCUUCAUCAGGGAACUGCCACACCCAUUGCUAACCGUGGAAUACCUCAACGCUUUCAUUACAGUGCAAAAACUGCCUACAAGAAAGCAUCAACUCCAGGCCCUGAAUCUUCUGGUGCUUUUUCUCCCAGAGCCAAACCAGGACACCCUAAAGACCCUGCUGGAAUUUCUCCAGAGAGUAAUAGACAGUAAGGAGAAGAAUAAAAUGACAUUGAACAACAUUGCUGUUAUAAUGGCACCCAACCUGUUUAGGUUCAAAGGGUUUCGUUCCAAGAGUGGAGAACAGGAGUUUGCAAUGACUACUGGGACAGCAAACAUCAUGCGUUGGCUGAUAAAAUAUCAGAACCUUCUCUGGUUGAUACCCAAAUUUCUAUUGAAUCAAGUAAGAAAGCAAAACACUGAAAACCAGAAGAAAAUGUCCAGAGAUAAGGCUAUGAAGAAGUUGCUGAAGAAGAUGGCUUAUGACCGGGAAAAGCAUGAGAAACCAUACAGGAGCACAACCAAAACUGAUGCUCUUCAGGGAGUCAUAUGGGUGCAGGCACCACAGUUCUUCAAGGUUUCCAUGGCGAUACAGUUGACUGAGGAUUUAAAAGCUAGUGAUGUACUGGCCAGACUUCUCGGCCAAAUCAGUACUGUUGCCAUCAAGAGAGAAGACAUGUGCCUGUAUGAAAUAGGAGGCAAUAUUGGAGAGCGCUGCCUGGAUGAUGAAACCUACAUGAAGGAUCUGUACCAGUUGAAUCCCAAUGCAGAGUGGGUCAUAAAGUCUCAGUCACGCUAAGGCAAUGGCUGCAACUCUGAAAACAUCUGUUCUGAUGUACAAAAUAGAAGAAAAGACACGACUUAAUCAAGCAGACAAGCAGUAGAUUGAAAACCAUGUAUUUGAAAGGCCAGAGGUCAAAUAACUGGUAGUAGAUAAAAAAUGAACCAACAGUAAUGCCAAAUCCAGAUUACUGUAUAAUGUACGACAAUGCAAAUUGUGCCCAGUUUUUUCCUGUUGAGAAUGAAUGUCUAUGAAGAUGCUGAAAGUUGUGUGUGUACAGUCUGUCUGUGUUUAAGGAUAGGAGUCAUUCUCAAUUACAUUAGUCAAGUGGGGCUUUAAACUGCCCAUAGUCCUAUUCUAUCACUUGUGCUGCAAGCUGCACCCAUGUUUCUUUUUUUUAAGACUGUAAAUUAAGACUGUCAAUGACAGGUAACUCCUGCGAUUUAAUGCAUACAUUUUUUAGUCGAUUUUUUUUUUUUUUAAUGCACGUUAAUCAUACUCUGUCUUUUUCCUCAUUAGCAUGCCUUAAUUCAUUUCCUGUGGCACUAUUUUAGUUCCUGCCAGGAUUCAAUUGAGAGUAGUUAUCAUUUGAAUAUAAAACGAGUCGCGUUAUAUAGCAAAGCACUCAAACUGAAGGAAGUU